AUGUGGCAUAACCCAGCGGCUGGGCGCCUUUUUGGAUUUUACACCGGCCUUUUUGGAUGGGCGUGCAUGCAUGCGCCGCGGACUCGAAGCAACCAAGCGCUUCCAGAAAAGGCUUCGCAGCCAGCUUUUUCUUUGUGGGGCCUGCGGAUUGCGGCGCGAGGGCAAGAGCCAUUCCAGGCCUGCGCCGCGUUUACGGCAGAGCGCGAAAAGAAACACGUUAAGAUAGCGGCUUUUAUUUCGAACCAUUUAGGCUAUACGGUUUUGAUUUUUACCCGGAAGUCGUUUAUGUUCGUGAGCAGCCCCUGGUGCGAGUUUACGUCCCGGUAG